CACACAUCUUGCUGCUGUUAUGUCACACUGUGGUAUUUCACCCAAUAGAUAUGGGAGUUUAUCAAAAUUGGGGUUGUUUUCUUUGUGGUUCUGUGUAAUCCGAGGGAAAUAUGUGUCGCUAAUAUGGUCAUACAUUUGGCAGGCGGUUAGGAAGUGCAACUCAGUUUCCACCUCGUUUUGUGGACAGUGUGCACUCUCUCUCUCUUUCUCUUUAUCCCUCUCUGCAUAGAUGUCCGCCGGCGCAUGUGAUUUAACAGAACGUACAGAGAACGGGGAGAAGACAAUUCCCUCGCCGCAAUUACUAGAGAUUGUAUUGGAGCUGAUCGUACCGUCAGUCAGCAUCCUGUGUCUGAGUUCGGGACAGUUGCCGCUGUAGCCUUUAAAAAACACUCUGCUCUGCGUUUGUGAGCAAACUUAGGUUUUGGCAAAGAAGACUGGAUUCUACGCGGAACACCUUUGUAAAAAGAACCGGAAUAUAACGGACGAACGGAUGAGAGGAGAAUGGGGGAAUAAUCAAUCUGAUUAAACGUUCCGGAAGUAGCCUAAACAUAUUUAUAUAUUUUUUAAUUCCUUGACAGCUUUCUCCGUUUAUGACACCAGCGUCAUAUAUUUUAUUUUAAAAUGUUCUAUUCUUACUAAUGAUGACGACUAGUGGUGAUGCGAACUGAAUUGAGGAACUAUGUGGCCAGUGUGACUCAAUUACACAUUCUCUGGCAAAAUUGUUCCUCCUCAUUUUUGGGGAGUGGGACACCAGACUUUCACUAAAACCUCAAUAUGCUGAAACCAAGGUCCACAUUCUGCCCAUUAAUGCAGGCUCAAAAAGGACUUUUCAACCAAUAUAUCUAGAUUCAUAUCAUCCUAAGGAUCGAACAACAGAACACCAUGCGCAGGCUUUAAGAAGAGUUCCAAUGGCUCUCCGAAUUCCACAAAGUAAUAUGAGGACUUCUCCACUCUGUCUUUCUGAGAUACUAGCAGCACCAGACAACAGGACCGACCAGGCUAACGGCACGAUGCCCAUCGAAGCCGUCUACAUCGUGAUGGAGGUGAUCAUCGCAGUGACUUCGGUGAUCGGAAACGUGAUGGUUAUCUGGGCGGUGCGGAUCAACCGUUCGCUGCGAGACACCACCUUCUGUUUCAUUGUGUCUCUGGCUCUGGCGGACAUUGCGGUGGGGGCUCUGGUCAUCCCGCUGGCCGUCACCAUCAACAUCGGUUUCAAGAUGCACUUCUACAGCUGCCUGCUGGUCACGUGCAUCGUUCUGGUGGUCACACAGAGUUCCAUCUUCGCGUUGCUGGCCAUCGCUAUCGACCGUUACCUGAGGGUGAAAAUACCCAUGAGCUACAAACAUGUGGUGACACGGCGGCGUGCAGGCACGGCYGUGGUGGUGUGUUGGAUGGUUGCCAUAGUGGUUGGCCUGACGCCCAUGCUGGGCUGGAACAACCGGCAGCGUCUCCAUGACAAUGUCUCCCAGGUGACCCAUGACUUCUUAGUGAUGUGUAAGUUUGAGAAAGUCAUCAGCAUGGACUACAUGGUCUACUUCAACUUCUUCGGCUGGGUGCUGCCGCCCCUCGUCCUCAUGCUGCUCAUCUAUGCUGAGAUAUUCUACAAGAUACACCACCAGCUCAACAAGAAGGUGACGGAGAGCCACACAGACCGCAGCCAUUACUACAGUAAGGAGCUGAAACUAGCCAAGUCAUUGGCUCUGGUCCUCUUCCUGUUUGCRAUCAGCUGGCUUCCUCUAAACAUCCUCAACUGCAUCACGCUGUUUAGCCCGAACGGUGACAAGCCCGCGCUUCUCAUCUACAUCGCCAUCCUGCUCACACACGGCAACUCCGCUGUGAACCCCAUUGUCUACGCAUUCCAGAUCAAGAAGUUCCAGAAUGCGUUCCGGAAGAUCUGGAAGCAGUAUGUGCUGUGUAGGGACCCGGUAGGCAAGCUGCCCCAGAGAGGGAGUCAGAGGUGCCAGAGCAGAUUGGAGAGGAUGUUGAGGGCGAACGAUGAUGACAAUUAAGUCUGAUCUGGUGAUGAAGGUCAUAGGGGUCACGGGUCUGUCGCAUCCCUCAAUGUGUGUGUCGUGUGUUGUUUGUUAACCAUCUGUCAAUGAUGGCUUUUCAGUGGUGGGGUGUUGGACUGAUCUUGUUGAUCGCGUACAUACUCGUUACUAAAGGACUGUUAUGGAAACGCUGCUGGCAGCGGAAUCCAAUACAGCAGAGAGUUUCUACUACAAUGCAACUCAAACACGAACGUAAUMGAUAUCCCAAGGGCUCAUCUAAUCCCUGAUUGUCUGCGAGUGGAUUACAAACCCAAAUGUAAACGUGGAAAACGCAGGGGAAUCAGACAGAGAAGUAUGACAGGGUAGUAGACAGUAGACAGUACCCACCACCUUGCUGAUCAACGCCCAGUCACCGAGGGGGAAAGUGGAUGAGCUGUCAGCGAAUCUGCGCUUCCAACAUGAAUACUGGGAGGCCUGUUUGCUGGCGUUUACUGAGACUUGGCUGGAUGAGUCCCAGACAGGGAAGUGGAGCCAGCUGGCUUCACACUGGCCAGAUCGUGAUCUGACCGUCACAGGGACCAGUGGUGUAAAUGGARCCUGGUAAGAGAGAGACUCUGUACCCCUGACAUUGAACUGUUUUCUGUGUCACUGRGACCCUACUAUCUGCCCCGUGAGUUCCCCCAAUUGUUUGUUACCGUUGUGUACAUUCAACCAAACGAUAAUAUAGCAAAGGAAUCAGAGAUGAUWUAUAAUCUGUCACAGAAACUGGAGUCCAUCUCCCCRGACGCACCCACAUUUAUUUGAAGGGAUUUUAACAACUGCACUUUGCACAAGGUCCUGCACACGUACCACCAGUAUGUGAAAUGUCACACUAGGAAAAAUAAGACUCUUGAUUUGUGCUAUGGGASAAUACCAAAUGCUUUCUCUGCCACCACCGGACCUCCCCUGGGGACAUCUGACCASAAUGUUGUCUACCUCCAGCCAACCUACUGUCAGCUCUUGGAGAGGGAGAAACCCACAGUUAAAACUGUCCAGAUCUGGAACGASAAUAGUAUCACUCCUCUCCAAGGGUGUUUUGACUGUACUAUGUGGGAGGUAUUUGAAGACAGCAGCUCGGAUCUUAACAAACUCACAGAUGUUGUUUCAGUGUAUGUCAACUUCUGUGUUGWGUCAGUUGUGCCUACAAAAACCUGUAAAAUGUUCCCUAACAAUAAGCUUGGGUAUCAAGACAUCUAAAAUCACGAAUUAAUAGGAAGAAGGCAGUUWAUGCUGAGGGUGAUAGACAGGCUUUAAGAGAUGUACAACYUGAGAUCAAAAGACAGAUACUGGUGGACAAGGAGGCAUACAAGCAAAGGGUGGAGAGGACCCUCUCCUCAGGAAACUCAAGGGUGGCCUGGUAAAAGAUUAAAUCCAUGGCUAGUCCCUCCCACAUAGGCAGGAGAAAACCAGUGCUGAGCUUGGGAGACAUGAGGGACAGAACAUGGCUAAUGAACUGAAUGUUUUCUUCUCAAGAUUUGAAUCAGACGACUUAGGAAGCAAACAAACAAAUGGAAGCAUCAUUACAAAUGUUUGAGAGGGUUGUUGUUAAACAGGCUGAUGUUUUGAAGUUGUUCAGUGGAUCUAAUGCACAAAAAAGCCCAGGCCUGGGCAAAAUAAGUGGACAUUGAAGCACUGUGAUGAACAAAUAGCUGGUGUUUAUACAGACAUUUUCCAAUCCUCGCUCGACCGGCAACACGUGCCAGUAUUGUGGAAAAACUCAAUAAUUAUACCCAUUCCUAAAGCAUCUAAUCCCUCUUUGCUGCAUGACUACUGCCCUGUCGCCUUGACAUCCUUAGGAAUUAAAUGCUUUGAGAAAAUUGUGAAAAGUCAUAUUCUCUGCAACACCCAGAAGCUCCUCGACCCAUUUCAGUUUGCCUAUCAGCCCAGCAGAGGAGUUGACGAUGCCAUUCUUACUCUUCUCAACAUGAUCUACAGACCUCAAGAGGGCGCCAAAUCCGUCAAUGUUCUGUUUGUUGACUUUUCUUCUGCCUUCAACACAAUCCAGCCUUAUAUUCUGGCACAGAGAAUCAUAAGUGACUUCCGCUGAGAUGGGGUGGCUGGUUUUGUAGCUGUUGGACUUUCUGAACCAGAUGUCACAGCGGGUCAAGUUGUGUCCCCGAGUGUCGGACAUAUGCACCACCAACACAGGCUCCCCACAGGGAUUUGUUUUGUCCCCACUCCUGUACAUUUUGUACACUAAUAGUUGUACUAG